AUGGCGAAUCGCAUCCAACGCAUGCAAAUUCAUGUCCUCCCCUUCACGGACCACCAGGGGCACGCUGCAGGUCUUGUAUUUCGGGGCCGGGCUUCAUGCCCUCUGCCUCCUCUCUACGCGCUUGCCAUCUACUUCACCCACCCCGAUGCGUCCUCCGAUAACGUGGACCCAGCAGCCCUCUUUACUGCAAUUAACCAGCCAUCUGGGACCCAUGAAAUCCGGCUAGAGCUAUAUUUCCUACCUCACGCCACUGUAUCAGACUGCAUUGCCCACUACCACAGCGAAAAGGCCCAGCGCGGCGAUUACAAGGCUCAGAUUACCGCUGUUCAGAAUAACGCACCUCCGUUUCCAACUCUUGCUACAGACGAGACCAAGACCUCUGGUACCCGGCUACCGGGCUUGGUCCCCAGCUACAUCGAUGACUUUAAAACCUACCACGGCGUGCUGUACCUCUGCACCGAGCGUGACUGGAGGCUGAACGAGCGAGUAAUGUGCCAAGUCCUCUUUGACCCGUGCAGUGAUGGAGAGUGGGCGGCCUGGCGCGAGGAAUCAGACCCGGAGGUUCAACCUGCUACCCAGCUUCAGUCGUCGCCGCUUGGCCAGGACUCGCCUGUCCUGAUACACUAG